GUAUGGAGAUUGGUGUUGCAAGUGAUGACCGAAGGAAAAUUGCUCCUAACAUAACCCCUGUCCCUCCUCCUUCAGUCAAAGAACUUGUUGAAACCCAUCAGUCUAGAUUCGACUGAUCACUGUAGACAAGUGUCUGGCACUUAAAACAAAGUGCUCUGGUUAGGUGGAGCUCGUAAUCCCUGAAAGGCAGUCCACCUAGGAGAAGGAACUCUGAUUACAAACUCCCGGACCCCAAUAGUGAGUCAGGCUGUCCAUACUGGAUUCAUUGAUCUUCGGUGCACAGCAAUACACUUUUUAGGACUGAAGUAAGGAGCAAGGAGUAAUUUAAUUUAAAGAAUAAAAAAAUCAAUGUCAAUACCUAAUGUUGUGCUUGAACAUCCAAUGCAUUGGAUAAGUUUUCUUUUAUAAAAUGAAAUAUUAUUGUUCAUAAAAGAUUUAACCCAUUGACAUGAUAAAGUCUUUCAUUUGUCAGCAAAAUUUGCUGUGGUUAGUAGACAGAGAAAGCUUAAAAUAAGUAUGAAGCAAUUUUGAACUGCAAUUUUCUUCUUUUGGUGUAUGUGUUAGAGUGAAUAAUCAAGCCACGCAAAGUAAUGUUUCCUGUAAUUUUGCUAAAACACAUAUGCCAAAAGGAGAAAAUCAAAGUUUAAAAUCGCUUGUGUGAACGGGCCUUAACAGGUGUGAAUUACGCAUGUUCUGUCAAAAUAUUUAAAAUGAUCCUCCCUGUCAUGGGGAGGUAAUUGCAGUAAAAUGGAUUAAUGAAUAAUAAAGUUUCCUCAAUGAUCAAUAACAUAAGAAAAACAUGUGCAACAAAUAUUUACAAUCUAGCAGAUUGAUACCCAGUGAAUAUCCCAUUUGGAGAAGGAUAUUGUCUCCGUAUUGCUGUCACACAACAGCUUGGAAUCACUCUCCUGUUCCGACUUCCUAUACCUUCGUUGUUGCCAGAGUACGUAUUGUCUGUGAGCAGCAUGGCAAAAUUUUCAUUGUUUCUAAUAUUAUUUAACACUAAAAAGUCUUCCCUCUAAUGCAUGGCCAGGUCCAGAUUGAACAUUUCCAUCAAGUACUAACUGUGGGAAGAGAGGGCUAUUUUCCAAUUGUGUUGGCAUUGCAACACACCAUCCACAUUUGCAAUACUCAGAGGCAUUUUCUGGGUUUUCGUAGCUGGGUCUGGUUGAAGCGAUUCACCUGGCAAUUCACCAUUUACCAAAUUGACAAAUGCUGCUGGCUGAUGCUGUAUAAGCUCUAGAGCAAAUGCUCUUCAAAGGGCAUUUAAAUCCAUUGCUAUACAUGUACCACAAGAGUCUGAAAUUAAUAUAUUUAUCAUUAAUUAAAUGCAAAAACUCAAGCGCAGUGGAACACAGAUAUUUCUUACCACCAAAUUACUGCAUUUCACACCUAUGUAGACUUGUAUAUAGACAGGUAAACUUUUUUACAUGAUUUGAUAUUUUACCCGGCAAGGAUAUGCAUGAUUAUGUGGGGUAUUUAAUAAAACAAAUCAUGUGUGUUAAAGCCAGUGGUUAAAGCUUUCAGAAAUGUAUGUCUGCAUAUACUCUUGGCAGGCAAAUUAUCAAAAUAUGUAAACAAAGUUUACCCAGCUAUUGUUAGAUAAUCAUUAUCCUUUGAGUGACUAUCACAGUGAACAUUACAUAUUCUCAAAUGAACCAUUGCUCAGGCCACCAUUUUUUUGCGUAUAAACUAACGAAACAUAUAUAAACUAAUGAACCAAGACAAUAAGAUUACAUGUGAAGCACGUUUAUGACGAACAGUACAUAACUAAAAUUAUCAUUAAUACAAACUCACCAUCUGUCCUUCUAUUGUUCAUACAUGAUUCAAAAUUCUCUUCGUGGCACGCGCUUGAGCAAAAAAUACCCAUACUUUUGCAGGGACAGGAAUUUCGCCCUCUCUAUCGAAGACAGAAGCUGGCGCAAGCCGCGACAUGAACAUAUCGUUUCCAAUUCUUCCAGCGAAAAGCUUUCUCCGAGUGCUUCUGCCAUGACAGCAACAAUGACUCUGGCAAUGUGUUUUGACGAACAAAUACCCCAAGGAAAGACUCUUUCCUUCUUUGACACUUCCUCCGCACUCAUUGUGUUGAUUAUAUUAAUGUUCUGCAUUGUAAAAUAAACUUUGGAAGUUCAAAGUUUAUUUUACAAUGCCGAACAUUAAUAUAAUCAACACAAUGAGUGCGGACUCGCACCUUUGGCUCGGCUGUGUCGGUCUCUUCUGAAUGUUUCAUCAACGAGGCACACAAAAAACAAAUGCCGAAUUGAUCAACAAUAUAUCUUCCAUUGAUGAUCUUUCAAAAUAUUUAAUCGCUUGUCUUUCAGAAGACAAUUUUUAAAAAAUUAACAACUCCACUCCUGACUCGGACUCCAUUUAUUUAGUGCAUAGCCGCUAUACUUCAUAUUAUACAAUUGAAAUGGAUCCAAAACAAAAAAUGUAAACAAAGACCGCACAUGCGCAGAAUGGACUGUAAUCUAGCUUUAAGUUAGUGCUGUUCCUGAUGGGCAGUGGCUGUCCGCCAACAAUGAUAAAAUAUUGGAUUGUGUCUUCGACAUUUGGAGAUAAAAAUAAAACAGUCAAACGAAGGGAACAAGUAAUUUGGAUUAUGGCGAACAUUACUAAACAUGAGAGAAGAUGGUUUUAUUUUGAUUAACAUUUCAAAACGUUUUUGUAUAUGGAUCGAUCUGAAAGAGUAAAAGGAUCUAGUUGAAACUGAUGAAUGCAUGCAUGAAACUAAUUUGAACCAUAUAAUCUUUGUGAACUAUACCUUUGAAGGCCUUUUAGUUAAAGUUUGCAAACAGUUUAAAUUAAUAUUAAAUUAUUAUAUUUUAUAUAAUAUAGUCUCCUUUGACACUUUGUAACUAUUUCUUCUAUCUUAAGUUUGUAUUCAGUAAAAGUUGCAACACUUCGCUAUUCAGUUCGCGCAAUGUCAAUGCCAAUGUUUUUGAUUUUAAAGAAUGAUUGAGGCAUGAUACAUGAAUGAUUAUAGAUGCGGCUGUGUAGUUACGUUCAGUUAAGUUAACGCAAUCAAAUGUUUUUAAAGUAUGAAAGUUAUAUAUAAUAUAUAUUUCUAGUUAUUCAAUUUACACAAUGCUUUUAAAGAACGAAGCAUGAUAUAUGAAUUAUUAUAGUCAUAGAUCCACUACUGUGAAGAUUAUAGUGUGUUAGUAUAGUUCAGUUCAGUUCAGUUCACACAAUGUUUUUAAAAUGUGAAGGUUUAUAUUUAUAUAUAAUAUUUCCAGUUAUUCAAUUUACGCAAUGCUUUUAAAGAACGAAGCAUGACAUAUCAAUUAUUUUAGAUGCAGUACUGUGAAGAUUACAUAUAUUUUCCAUGAUUAUUACAUAACGUGGACGGACGUGUAUUUUGUGCUCUGUGAUAAUUUUAUAUUUUAAAAUACUUUGUGAACAAUUUUUUAAUGCACCAUUGGUACAAACAUACAAAUGAUGGAAGACCGAUAGAAUGUCAGGUUUUAUCGAGAAUAUAAGUCUUGCUUGGACAGGCGAUUUUGUUUCCCUUAAGCAAUUCUCGAGCGAAGUUCUCAAAUUAGAUGGCAAAUGGUCACAGCCUGGAGGGGACAAAAAGCUGCUUACGUUUGGUAAUUCAACUAUGGUGUGGCGAAAGAAUAAACAAGUAUUAACCAUUAAUGGUGAGAGAUCAGAGGAAAUCAAGAAACAGAUUUGCCAGGUAAUGCUUUAAAGAUAACUUAACUUUGCCAACCCCGCCAUCGCAAACACAAUCAAGCAUGGCGACCGAUGCAUAUUUUGAUGAUAUUAAAAGUCUCAAAGCAGGACAAAUGUUAAACUGCGAAAUAAUUCAAUCGCUUGCAGAGUCUGUUCAUGAUUUAGCGUCUGUAAUUUCUCGAGUGCAAGGAAAUGAAGUAAAGAAUAACAGUAAUUUUAGUAAAAACACAGAAAAAUCUGAUGUUAAGCAGACUGAGUAGGUAAAUUUUGCUAAUACUAAAAGUUCCUUUGUCUUGGAAAAAUUGACGGAUUCGCCUAUGAACAAUAACAAUAACAAUGAUCGCAUUUUGCCUAUGAGAGAAAACGUUCCUGAAUCUAAUGAUAACGAUAUGUCUUAUGUACUAUUUAAAGCACGCGUAUAGGAGUGUUUUAUCACAUAUAAAACACGACGCGUAGCGGAGUGUUUUAUAUGUGAUAAAACACGACUACAAGUGCUUUAAAUGGCUUCAAAAACGACUCGUCUUAUACGAGUUCAUUGGCGAAGUAAUUUUUAAAAUAAACUUUGUCUAAACCGAGAAAAUCAAAGCUAAAGUUUAUGUAAAUUAACGUGAUAUUUUAUCACAUAUAAAACCACGACACGCUUAUGAUUUUUCUUUGUGUUUUGCUCCUGAAUUAUUAAUGAGUUUUUGAAAUCAAUUUAAUAUCGCUUAUGAACAAUAACAAUAACAAUAACAAUGAUCGCAUUUCGCUUAUGAAAGAGAACGUUCCUGAAUCUAAUGAUAAUGAUAUAUCCUACAUUAAUUUAAACGAGUCAAGUACUGGCGCAAAUAAAGACGGAAGUAUUGAUAAACAAUCCAGAUCUCCAAGAACCUAUGCUCAAGUGGCAAAAUCUCCUCCCCCUGUUAACAGGAUUAAUGGCAAACCCAGUACGGAUAAUACAGACAAUAUUAUGCAAGUCCCUGCAGCUCGGAAAAUGAAUGAACGAAUUGAUGAUAGUGAUGAAUUUAUUGGGGUUAAACGAAAGCGAAAUAGAAUUAAAAAGUUCUUCUUGUCCGGGAUUGCUGACAAUGUUAAAGAUCAGGAUAUUCUAUGCUAUUUGGAAAAGCGAAAGGUAAUACCAACUUACUUAUCUCUAUUUCAAAGUAAACGGAAAGGUUCAAUUUCUGCUAAACUUCAUGUCCAAGCAAAUGUAUGCCCCUUGAUUGAAAACGAAACCUUCUGGCCCAAGUUUGUGAAAUGCAAACCGUGGAAACUGACAUCUACUGACGGUAGAAACGACAGCCCCCCAGAGGGAAUCCUUUCAACGUAUGUAUAAUGGCUCAAAUUCCCAUCAGAAUGUCUCCGCGAUGGCCCAAUGCAAGUAAACACAAACCAAGGCAGAAUGCACCUAGAAAUAAUUUGGUAAAUAUUCCGAUUUCAAGACCUAGUCGUCAGAAUAUUAAACAUAUUUUACCAAAUAUACUGCUUUUUAAUGCUAGAUCUCUUUUCAACAAAAUAGACGAACUGCAUGAUGAUUAUAAUUAACCAACAAAAUGCGGACGUAAUUAUGGUUACUGAAACCUGGCUUACGGAUGUUAUUCCGAAUGAGGCCUUACAUAUUCCUGAUUUUACCAUAGUUAGGAAAGAUAGACCAACCCGAAGAGGAGGAGGCGUGACAGUAUAUAUAAGAGAAUCACUUCCUUUCAAAAUUCGCCCAGAUUUUUACAACUCGGACUAUGAAUGUCUGUGGAUUACUCUCCGACCAAAAUGGCUUCCACAAAAAAUUUCAAAACUUGCACUUGCGUGUGUAUACUUGCCACCGUCGAUGAAUACCGAAGCAGUUGAAAGUUUUUAUGAAUAUUGUUGCUAUUGUUAUGAUUCUCUUAUUAGCGAGAGUCCAAAUACAUCAAUUAUUAUUACUGGGGAUUUUAAUCCCUUAAGUAAUGGAUUUCAGGAAAGAGUCCUUAAAAAUCAUUGUAAGUUAAAACAAGUAAUCAGAACACCAACCAGAGGUAACGCAAUUGUAGACUUAAUCCUGGCCAAUGCACAAUCGUUUUAUGAAACACCAGUAUCUCUGGCACCGAUUGGCUGUUCAGACCACAGCGCUAUUAUAUGGAAAUCGAAAGAACAAGCUCAAGGUAAAAAUGAGCUAAAAAAGAUUACAGUGAGACCCAUUAAAGAAACGAGGUUGCGCUUGUUUGAAGACUGUAUCGGUCUAGAGACGUGGUCAGCGGUUUACGAGGCCUCGUGUAUUAACACCAAAGUGAACGCCUUUUUAUCGAUUACUAAUGCAAUGAUUGAUAACUGUUUUCCAACAAAAAUUGUCAAGGUUCAUAAAAAUGAUAAACCCUUUAUGACUGGGAGGAUUAAACAAAUGAUAUCUAACAGAAAUAAAAUGUACCAACGAGGGAGAAUGGAAGAAUACAGAUCGCUUCGUAAUAAAAUUACCUCAGAAAUUCGGAAAGAGAAGCAAAAAUAUUACAGUGAAAAAAUCAAACCUGCUCGUUGUUCCAAUUCAAAGCAGUGGUGGAAAAAUAUAAAAAACAUUACUGGUCAGAGUAAACAGGAAUUUAUUCUAAAUAGCCCACAGUCUGAUACCCCACUAAAUUCAAAAGAUACAGCUAAUCUGAUGAACGAAUAUUUUACUAGUCUUACUAGUAACUACUCGGAAGUACAUGAUAGCUGGUUUAAUGUUGGAAUGGAAGAACAACUACCGAACAUCACCGCAGAUAGUGUAGCAAAUAAGUUAAGUAAACUUAACCCGAAUAAAGUAAGCGGUCCGUUCGACCCGAAUGUAAAGAUAAUAAAAACAUUCGCAAAAUACUUCGCCGAGCCGUUAUGUUACAUCUUUAACGAAUCAUUUACUUGCAGAGUAUUCCCAGAUAUUUGGAAAAUUUCGAGGGUGUGUGGGAUUCCUAAAAGUAAACCCUGUUCUAGGGUAGACCUUUUAAGACCUAUUUCAUUAACGAGUACAUUAUCAAAGGUACAAGAAUCAUACGCUAAUGAUUGGAUUUAUGAGGAUGUUUAUGAUAAAAUCAGUAGCAGUCAAUUUGGCGGUCUGCCUGGAACAUCUACAAUACAUGCGUUGAUUUAUUUGUUACAUAAAUGGCAUAUGGCAAUGGAAAGCUCCCAAAGAAUUGUUCGUAUUACGUUUCUUGAUUUUCGAAAGGCAUUUGACUUGAUCAAUCAUAAUGUGCUGCUAGAAAAUUUUAUGCAAAUCGGCGUUCGUCCGGCUGUGGUUGGUUGGUUUGCAUCAUAUCUUUAUAACAGAUCACAAGUAACGUCUUUCCAUGGAGAACAGUCUGAUUGUAAAGAAUCAAGGGAGGCGUCCCACAAGGGAGUAAGUUGGGUCCUAUUGCGUUUAUAAUAAAAAUAAACCAAUUACCAACGUCUAUUAUACCCAAUAACCAAGAUCAAAUAUGUAAUGCCGUAGUAGACCAGGACGUAGCGAUGUUUAUGGAUGACACAACAUUAUCGGAAGUAAUCAAUGUCAGAGAUCUUUUAGGUGGCAUCCCAAUCGGUAAUACUCAAAUGAACGUAGACAAGGUGGUACAGUUUGCAAAGGACGAAGGAAUGGAACUAAACUAUAAAAAGUGUAUGGAGAUGAUUAGGAAAAAUAUAACCCCUAUACCCCCAAUUUAUGUUGGUGGUCAUAAUGUUUCUCGAACGAAGUCAUAUAAGUUACUGCGAAUAUGGUUAGAUUGCGAUCUUAAAUGGAAAACUAAUACGGAAUAUAUUACAAAGAAAGCGGCCAAGCGUCUGUAUUUAUUAAAGAUCUUGAAGAGUUAUGGUGCCCCCAUGGAUGAUUUGUUAGCAUUUUACUGUUCAGUAAUUCGUCCUAUUUUAGAAUACGGCGCAGAGAUUUGGAACGGAGGUCUAACCCAAGAGCAGAAAAAGAGCAUUGAACGAAUUCAAAAACGAGUACUUAGAAUAAUUUACCCAAACCUAGACUACGACCAAGCAAUAACUGAGUCAAAAUUACAAACUUUGGAAGAACGUAGGGACGAAUUAUGUGUAUCUCUAAUAAAAAAAAAUGCUGGAACCAAACCAUAAACUUCAUAGCCUCUUACCAAAGAAACUAAAAUACAUUAGGCAAAAAGAAACAAGAACUAACAGUCAGAAAUUAUAUAAUUUCCCCUCUAAAACCGAACGUUUUAAACACAGUCCUUUAGUUUACUGUAUAUACUUAUAUAAUUCUAGAUUAGUUGAUUAGGGUCAUCAUUUUUAAAAUUUUGUCAGUUAAUGUACAAAUAGGUAUGCAUUAGUAGUUUUUAUACAUAUUGUAAAUAGAUAUAUAUUAGUAAAACUUUAAUUUUAAUGAAUGACAUGUAAAUAUAUAGAAUAUAUACCUUUUUAUACCCAAAUUUGUAAACACAUUGUAAAUUAGCGUAACUACUACUAAAUGUGUUAAUAAACCAUUACCAUUAUAUAUCCGUGCAUUAAUGUUAUACGCAUUACAUUAAUACGUCGGUGUCGCAGUGAUCAGUUCGUUAUUCGCAUGUGUCGCUGUUCUUUGCAGUGAUUCGCAUUAAUGUUAUAUUAUCCGUGCAUUAAUGUUAUACGCAUUACGUCGGUGUCUCAGCGUAUACAUAUCGUAAACAUUUAUGUCAAGCCGCUAGCCUCGUCAACAUACGUUGGUUUUCAUGAGGGGCGUCGUCAAUUUAUAUACCAAGGGUGUACAAGAAAAUAGGUAGAGACAAAGAAAAACUAUUUACAAGAGUGCAUGCUGAAUACAGGAGGUGCAUGUGACCCAUACAUUACAAUUAGCAACAGAAUCAAAGAUUAAUAUUUGCUUUGAAAAUCUGGAUUGAUCGUGCCUUAUUUGUUUCCCAAGAACGGCUAUGCCAAAGCUUCACCCGCUGUAUUUAAUUUUUUAGGAAUUCCGUUCUCGAGUUCGAGAGACUGCUAAGUCAGUCUGGAUAGUUCGCUUCCGUUAAUUAAACUAUUCAUUGAUUUGUUAUUCGCAUGUCUUCGUUUUUCGCAAUGAUUCGCAUUAAGUCGCCUUAUAGGUAUGUCGAUGUAUGUCGGAUUUCGCAUUGGAAUCGCCAGCUCUUCGCAUAUCUGCGUUUUUCGCCGUCAUUCGAAUUAAUGUUGUCUUCGUCUUACGUCUGUUUGUCGCAUUGAAUCGCUAGUCGCAUGUCCUCGUUCUACGUACUGAUUCGCAUUAAUGUUAGGUUCCCGUUUUUCCCAGUGAUUCGCAGUAAUAUUAGAGUUGUAUUCCCUCGUUUUUGUUGCAUGCCAUAUAUGGCAUGCAACUUUCAUAUAGCUCUAAAUUUCGUGUCGCGGUGAGCGGUGGUGAGCGUACCAGUCACGUGGCAGAUUCGUAAAAGACGAGUAAUACCGAGUUUUUCGGACGAGAAUUUUCAUGCUGAGUUUUCGUCGAGGAAACGCAAAGAAAUAUUGAUUAUUUGCCGAAAAUUUACAUAAUUGAGCGCUUUAGAAAAUAGGUCGAGGUAGGUAAAGCUUUGCUGUUUUUAACUUACCUUGUAUUUUGUUAUUUGUUGUGAUUUUGGAGCCGUUGUGCUCGCACUGAUUAUCAGGCGUUUAUUUAUAUUAAUAUAUCGUGAAAGCCUCAAAGCCCACGCUAUCAAAACACUCAUUUUUUAUAUACUGAAACGGAGCCAUUGUGCUCGCACUAAUUAUAUACUGUGCAAAGCUUCAAAACUAUAGCACAUUUUCUAAAUAACAUGAAAUAUACAAUAAAUAUCAAACAAAAUUUGAAUUAUAAAUAGUAUUGCAAUUUAAUACAACGAAAUAGCAACCAUACGCAUAAGAUUCAACAUGACAUUCAGCAUGACAUUCGAUAUAGUGUAAAUUAACUCAUUUCAAUCACUCAAACGAUCAUACAGGUCAUAUUAGCUGACUAGUACCUUUAUGCUUUUUCUACUUCGACAAUUUCAAUCAUUAUACAAACAAUGAAUGUUUAUGAGUGCAAUGGUAAGAAUAUUUUCAUGAGGUGAAAGAUGGAAUGUUCCAUUCAACGAGGCGACAGCCGACCUUGACCUUGUUAUUUCCGUCGCUUGCAACUAACGAUGAACGGUCGCUCAUAAAAACAUUGCCUAUUCGUGUGAGAAUCUUAAGUUUCUUAUUUUGACAUAAAAGCUAUUUUUCAAUAAAUAUUGUGAUAUUAUUAAACUUGUUGAAUCAAUAUUUUAAGUUUCACGCCAGUUGUACCAAAGGUUAUAAGUGCUAUAGCGCAUCAUAAGUCUCAGAAGGCAUGCAACAUGUACGCACUGCGUACCUAUUUUUCACAUUUGCAUCGCUAUUCGCAUAUCGUCGUCAGUUUUCGCAGUGAUUCGCAUUAAUGUUCUAUUCUAGCUCUCCAAACGUCGGUUUCGCAUUGAGUCUUUAUUCGCAUGUCGUCCUUCUUCCCGGUAAUUCGCGUUGUCACAGGUACACUAUAAUUUCAGGUCCGCUGCACUUCCCGCUAUCGGCCCGCCCAUGUUCCAGGCUUCGCUUUCAUUUUCCGGAAUACAUACAUACAUACAUAAUACUUUAUUUUAACACGCUAGCCUCAUCAACAUCAGCUGUUUUUCACGAGAGGCGUGUUAACUAACUAAUUACACAAAUAAUAUAUACAAAUUAAAGUUACAUGAAGCAUACAAAGACUAACAGGUAGACAAAAAUAUAUAAACGAAACAAAUAAAUAUUAUUGAGGACAGGUCAGCUUCACCUCGCCGUAGAUUUUGACAGUUGUGCUAUUUUAAAUCCCCAGGCACCUAAAAUCUUUUGACCUGAAAACAAUGUCGAUUUCUUCGGAAAAUACGAGGUUGCGUUUUUUUUAUACACUCUGUAAAGGCCUUUGUUUGAUGCUGAACUGCAUCUCGCCGUGCACAAAUGACAAAUCCUUUGUUUCAACUUCAUUAAAUAUUAUUCAUCGUGGUUGCACGUUUCAUUUUAACUAUCCCUAUUGCACCGUGACCGUGCACAAAUUAACAUUAACUCAGACAAAAACAUAUAAACAAACACUGCUGUUUAGUUUCCAGACCAUCAUAUCUUGAUAGACUAUGGAUAGUGCUAUGCCACGGGUAGCGAUUGUUUGAAGCCUUCUAAAACUGGCUAGUUUUUGGUAUAACCCAAAUUAAGUCAUAGUGUUAUUAUUUAAUAAAUUGGAGUUUCUUGUAUUAUCUUUGUGUUCUAUAUCAAUACUUUUAUAGCUUUUAAAGCAUUUCGAUGCCGAUUGAAAAUUUGACUAUUAGGUGAAUAACGCUGUUCAUGCACCCGUCGUACAACCGGCCCCUAGUGAACACAGCAAAAACACGCAUAUGUUUGAUUUUUAUGAAUAUUCGCACUUGGUCCCCUCAUACGCUACUCCCCUGUGUAUGUAUUUGCUUUUUUCACCUCCAGAACAGCCUUUAUGGACUAUUAUAAACUGUAUUUUGAUGCUCACAUGAUCAGAAGUAUUCCAUUUUGUAACGUGGAGAUUGGAGAUUGGAAAAAAGGCCGACCGAAACUUAUAGUCGCUCUCCCCAGCGACUAAUUUGUUCUGCUUCCUAGUCUUGAAGAUGUUUUGGAACGGUGCUUGCACGACUGUAAAUAACUCAAGCAAUAAAUUUCCACCAAACUUUCAAAUGUUUAUCAGACGAUUGAGAACUAACAAAAAUUAUAAUUCUAAAACCAUGAUGUGCUUACUGACAGUUAGCCAACUACGCAUGAUGUUAUGCACCGUAAUUGAAAGGUCGAAACUGAAUCAUAUUUGUAUUAUUUUUUCCAGUUACUUGUGUACCACUCAAGUUGCAAGGACCAUCAGAUGGCAUUGGUCGUGUAGAAGUAUUUUACAAUGGGAAAUGGGGAACAAUCUGUGACGAUAAUUGGGAUAUAAAAGAUGCUAGAGUUGUAUGUCGUCAACUUGGUUUUAAAUAUGCUGUUAGAGCUCUUCAAGGAGCCAAUGUUCCUGAUGGUACUGGACAGAUAUGGUUAGAUGAAGUCGCUUGUGCUGGGAGUGAGAAAAGCUUGAGUGGUUGUGAUCAUGGAUCAUGGGGAUCUCAUGAUUGCUCGCACGUUGAAGAUGCAGGAGUAGAAUGCUCUUCAUCAGGUAAAUAUUAUUAUAAAAAUAGAGUUGAUGUUCCUGGGCGUAAAUAAGUUUUUGGUUCUGAGGAGGAUCAAAAACAAAAUUUACCCCGAAGAGCAUUAACUGAUUACUACAGCUAGGGUGUAUAAAAAAAAACUGAACAGAUUUGAAAUCGCUCUCAAUUUCGCAAAACAGCUAUUAGUAUCCAGAUUUUUAUAUAUAUAUAGCUUCUUUAGGCACUUAUAAUGUAGAAUAAUGAAAAAAUUUCUCGAACUCAAAUUUUGUGAACCAGGGGGAUGUGUCUUUUCCAACAAACUAAAAAUGGCUCGCGCACAAAAUUUAAAAGCUGCAAUCAUAUUUUUAGUUAAUAGAUGGAAAAUUUGAUUUUAUAAUUACUGUACAAAAUUUCAGGCAAUUUGCUUUAGUUUAAGCCAUUUAACUAUUCACGCAAACUUACAUUUAUUCCUAAAAAUCAGCAAUUUGCACGCUUUAAUGCCUUUGCCUAAUUUACUACAUAUGUCAGCAAUAUGCAAAUUAGGUAAAGGCAUUAAUUAAGCAUGCGAAAGGCUGAUUUGUUAGGAAUAAAUGAAUAGUUAAAGGGCUUAAACUAAAGCAAAUUGUCUUAAAUUUUGUACAGUAAUUAAAAUCCCAACAAACUUUCCAUCUAUUAACUCAAAAUGUGAUUAAAGCCUUUAAAUUUUGUGCGCAAGCCAUUUUUAUUUUGUUGGAAAAGACACACGCCCCUGGUUCACAAAAUUUGAGUUCGAGAAAUUUUUUUUGUUAUUCUACAUUAUAAAUACCCAAAGAAGUUAUAUACAUCAAAAACUGCACACUAAUAGCUGUUUUGCGAAAUUGAGAGCAAAUUCAUAUCUGUUCAGUUUUUUUUAUACACCCUGUAUUAUCCUACUUUUAGAUAUAUAGUCAUUGUGCAACCUAACCAAACCAUAAGCAAUAAACUGUGAUGAAGACAAGUGUAAUUUCCAGAGUACUAUAAGCUGCAGUGCAUAAAAAUUUGAAAAACAAAGCAUUGGAAGUUAAAGAGGCUGUCAAGUCCAUUCUGCUCAUGCGCGUGUUUUGUUUCAUUUUUGUUUCAAAAAUAGAUAAUUAAUUAAAAUUCCGAUCUGUGGGCCUCCAAGUUAGCUCAUUACGCAUUCAGAAUAUAUCACAAGGAGAAAUUGAACUAGUAAAGCAAAAAUUUAGCCCCAAAACAACAAAUAUUAAAUCGAAAACGCUAAGAAGCACUUCUUACAGAGGUCUGGACAAAAUUUGAUUGAAAUUUGUACACAUUUUGUCCAUACCUUUGUAUAAAGAUGUGUUUCUUAACAUUUUCAACCUUAAAUUUGUCAUUUUGGAGCUAAAUGUGUACAAAUUUCAAUCAAAUUUCGUCCAUACCUCUGUAAGAAGCGCUUCUUAGCGUUUUUGAUUUAAAAUUUGUUGUUUAUGGGCUAAAUUUUUGCUUCAGUAGUUCAAUUUCUCCUACGUGAUAUAUUCUGAAUGUGUAAUGGCUAACUUGGAGGCCAAUAGAUCGGAAUUUUAAUUAAAUUAUCUAUUGGUUGACACAAAAAAUGAAACAAAACACGCGCAUGAGCAGAACGGACUUGACAGCCUCUUUAAAGUGGAGGGCACACAAUAACAUCGGCUCAGGCUACCCUAACGUUCGGAAUACCUUCGUGACUCUUCGUAAGCCUAGUUCUUCGGAAAUAAUCGAAAUUAAUUAAACAGAGAUAUUGAACAGCGAAAUUGCCGAAAUUAAUAAUGAUAAACAUUCCAGAAGCAAACUGCAUUCAUGAUUACCUUUAGCAACACUGACAACGAAUCUACAAAAUUGACUUGCUCAAAAUUCUUACCUUGCACAGGUUAAUUGGUACAAUUAUUUAAUAUUUGAGUCAUUCAUGUACCAGUUUAUGACUUAAUAGUAAAAGACUUCAUCUUGAUCAAACUUUUCAAUGUCACCGCAUUAGAAUGUUCUGACGUUUUCACUAAUACACUGCAGAUUCAAGUUUUAACAAUUUUAUUGAGAAUUCUACAAAGUUUUGAACACGACAGUUCUAUAUAGAAAUAGAAUACCCAAAUGGACAAUAUCAAGCACGAACGAGACAUAAAGUCCCAUGCAAGGUGCUUACCAUUCUAAAACUAUUAAAAAACAAUAACAUAGAACAUAAUACAAUACAAAACAGCACAAACAUCAAACACAAUUAUUUACUAAGUUCUAUGACAUGGACAGUCACGCAUUAAUGACCAUGUACAUGGCAUUUCUAUGUCGAACAUUGUCCCAAGCAAGUAUUUUUGCGUCAUUCUAAUGUUUCUUUUAAACGACGAGAGGGUGGCGAAGGUGGUAGGAGGUAGAACGUUACAGGUAUAGUUCCCUAUUUUAACUCGAAAUAGGAUGCUUUGAAUGUGUUGGAUUUACGAAGGGGGUCUUUAAGGGUGAGGAAGGGAUUUUGACAGAGUCGGGUCCAACUGUUGUUGGAAAAGGAUACAAAGGGAUACAAAGGUUUUGACGUCCAAAUCUGUGUUGCCAAAGAGAGCCUUGAAGAAGAAUACGAAAUCAGAAAUCUCUCUUUCAUAGCAGAGGGGGAGUAAGUAGAGAUUCAUUAGCCGUCGUUGAUAUGUCAUUUCGCCAUGCUUGGAUUGUAGUAUCCACGCUGUGGCUCUCCUUUGGACGCUUUCGACUCUAGACCUGAGUUUGACAGUGUGUGGAGACCAGACUUCACUAACGUAACAUAGCUGACAUCUAACAAGCGUGAGAUACAGCGUUCGUUGUAAUGUUUUGUCUCUCAAAAGAAGGCAAGUUCGUUUCAGCAGCCCAAGCAUCUUGUUAGCCUUACCAGUGAUUGAGGGGGCUCUUUUUUCGUGUGAUGGUCAGCACCUUGCUGCCGAGGUCUCGUUUGGUAGUACAUUAGGAAGAUCAUUUAUAAAGAUCGCAAACAAAACAGGUCCUAGGAUACUUUCCUUGUGGCACACCAGAUAUUACAGGUGCACAGGAAGAUGCAACUCCAUCUACCACAACUCGUUGACAAAGACCGCUCAGAUAGUGUUCGAAUCAUGCAUACAAUUGUCCUGACACACGAUGGGGUUUAAGUUUGUGGGGAAGAAUAUUGUGGUUCCGCAUUGGAAUAGGCGAUCCUUGUGCAAGAAAGUAAGGGAACGGUUAUUAGGUAUGUGUAAUGAAGGGGGGGGGGGGGGGGGUUUAUAAAAUUUGGAAAAUGGUUCUGCCCACCUAUCCAUUGUAGAAAUAACCUGGCGAAUCGAAUCGAAUCCUCUAUAAAUGAUAGCAGAAACUGUCAGCCAAAAUUUUGAAUUUUAAAGAGAAAGGAUAAGCAAAGAAGAACAAUUCCUCGACAUCAGUGCUGCACGGAAGACCAGUGAUGGCAUUUAUGUAUUUUAGUAUUCGGUCUAUAUGAACAGAACUUUGUAGUACUAUUUAAAAUAUGCAUAGGAGUGUUUUUAAUUAUUAUAUUUAAAUUAAAGUGCGCAGCACGAGCAUUUUAGAUAUGAUAAAGCACGACUACAACUGUUUUGAAUAACUUCAAACACAACUACAAUAGAUGCUGUCUCAUUAGUAUUCUUUAUAUAAAGAAUACUAAUUAGGAUAGACUUUUAUACUAAUGAAGAUGAGUUUUAUCAGGUAUAUAAAGCCCCUUCACGUAACAUAUAUUAUGGUUGAUAUGAUUUGCCAAUAAGCUUACGAAUUAUUUAUGAGUGUUUGAAGUAGGGUUGACAACAUUCUAUUUUUGUUCUUCUUCGAGUAUAUUAUAAGAGUAUCCGCAGACUAGAGUGAUUUGUUGUCCAUGACAAUUUGUUAUCGACAACUUUUAUUUGUCGACUAUUAAUUUUCUUAGCUCCUCCCCACAAACUAGAAAAACGCCUUUGUCGAAAAUAUUGAUUUGUUGAUUAAAGUCAAGUUUCCUUUCAAAAAGGGGAAAUUACUUUGUUGUCGAGAACUUUUAUCACACACCGAUUAUUAGUGGGCGACAACAUUUUGUCGUUGACAACAACAAAGUUGUAGACAACCAUUUCGCCAGCUGUGGAGGCCCUAAAAUGAAUCUCUCUGACCCGUCCACAGAUCAACUUGACACCGCAUACAUGAGGAAAUUGAAAACCUUAUAUAUAUAUAUAUAUAUAUAUAUAUAUAUAUAUAUAUAUAUAUAUAUAUAUCUUUCUUGCAUGGACAUCUGAAUCAGUAACUGGCGAUAUGCUGUUGUCUAUGGCCAACAAUCUAAAUGAUGCCAUAAAGUUCACUAUUGAAUCUCCCAUUAACAAUCAAUUGCCAUACCUAGAUACCUUAGUUUCCUUCGACGCCACUACCAACAAAUUUUCUACCACAUUAUAUGUAAAACCCAUCCAUAGCACAUGUAUUACCCCAUGGGACAGUCACGGAUCGAUAGCCUCCAAAAGAUCUAUACUCAUAGGAGAGGUAAGGAAAGCAAUUUCACGGUCGACAGACUCCACCGAAAGAAACAAAUCAUUACGUAAAGUAACCUCAAUAUUUACGAGUAAUGGAUACCCCAAACAAUUUGUAAGAUCAGUAAUACAACAAACAUUGCAUACCGAACCACAACGUGACAAUCAGGAGGGAUAUAUCUAUCUCAAAUUACCUUAUAUUGAUGAGGUAUUCAAGCGCCGUGCCCUAGCCACUACACGAAGAACUGCAUGGAAUAGAAAAUAUAAGAGUCCACUUCAUGAACGACAACCAAUAUCUAAAAUAUACGCCCCGAAGAAAGACAAGCUAAGCUGUACAAUAGAUUGUGUUACCUGCAAACUCUCAGAGAAAACAAAUCAGUGUCGCAUCAAGAAUACUGUUUAUCUCAUAAAUUGCCUACAAUGUCAGAAAGUUUAUGUCGGUGAGACAAGUAGAACAAUACGGACACGCAUAAAGGAGCAUCUUCGUAUGGAUAAACAAACGGUUUUCAUCCAUCUUAAAACCCAUAACAUUGACCCACGUACUGUCCCAUCAAUUAGUUGGAAAAUUCUCCACAAAAAUAUCAGAUACGAACAUGAACGAAAAAUUUUCGAAGCCUUUGAAAUUCGUAAAUAUACAGACAAGAUUAUGAACGGUUUUGUGGGCCGUAUUCUUAACAUCUACAGGGUGUAUCAAAAUAAACGCAAUUCAUCUUUUGUGCUUAAUAACUUUCGAAAUACUAUUUCUAGUUAAACGCUUUUAGGCUUACUUCAAAGCCUGUUCUUUUCUCUUUCAAACAAACUAUUAUCCUUGUCUCCAAUGCUAGUAAUAAUUGCACAGGAAAAGAUUUAGUAAAACCUAUCAUUUUUAGUUGCUGUUUAAGUAUGCAAGUUUACUAUGUUAUUGUUUAGUCGGUUUAAAUGUUAGAAUUUUCUUCUUUAAACUUUAAUGUUGUCGUCACUACAUCUGGAAAGCCACGUAAGAACAAAUUAAAAGUAUUUUAAAAGAGACCAGGUUGUUUGAAAAUCCUAAACGAAUGCUAAAAAUCGUCAAAACAUUCUGGUGUCUGAGCCAGAGUGUCAUCGAAUUGCGAUGUAAUGUAAACAGAAAUUAUAGCAAGUUGAUGUCAGUCAGCUUAGAUGGUCCAAGCCAAAAUUAUAUCGCAUUUGAAGUUUCAAACUGAGUUAAAAAUAGUGGAAGAAAAGCCGUAAUUAUACUUAUUGUUACAAUCCAUUUAAUAAAAUGCAACAUUUGUUUGUUUUAAUGAAAAAAUCAGUUAUUUUCAUGAGAACGAUUUGUUAUUCCAUCUCAAUUUUAUUAAUCUCCAAUCGCAAUAACGUAAAGUAUUAUUACCCGCGAACCAAUGAGUCAAAUUUAAGAAACAACCCAUGCACUGUUAGAAAGCUGAAUGGCUACGCUUUAAAAUGAAUGUAAACGUUAACGUUUUCGUCUAUUAUUUGUUUAGCAAUUUACAUUUCAGUCGAGGAUUGCGCUUUUUUUGAUACACCCUGUAGAUUACUUAAUUCUUACUUAACUCUUAUCUAAUUUUUUAGUAGAUUUUUUAACUAUGUCCAUUUUAGCAUGACCUAGCUAUUAUCCAUAGCACAUUACGCAUGUAAUUUAUGUAUGUUUUAUUAACGAUAAUUAGGUGGACUUGUGUAUAUAUAUAGGAUAGAAUAUUUUUAUAGACUUAUUGUGUCACUGAUGAAGCCCUAACCGGCGAAACGUCUGACAAACUUAUUAAAGUUUUUUAAGCUUACUUUUACCUGAAGAAAUCAUUACCAACACCCAGCAUAUAUAUAUAUAUAUAUAUAUAUAUAUAUAUAUAUAUAUAUAUAUAUAUAUAUAUAUAUAUAUAUAUAUAUAUAUAUAUAUUACCUAGGUAUUCUAAGUUUAAGUCUAGCCCAUAUAAAUGCUGAUGGAGUUUCGUUUGCAUACGAGGAAAUGUGAUAGGUUUUUCAAAUUUCUUUUGCUCAUGCAUGCAGUAGGUGCAUGAUAGUGGUGCAUACAAUGACAUAUCAAGAUUUUUGUAGCAUCUUACUCGAAUAAAUAUUUGAUGGGCAUUGUAGAUGCAAAUUGUGGAGUGGAAAUUUAUAUAUAUAAAUCAGACCCAAUGCUCGCAGGUUCAAUUCCUGCCAGGGAUUUAAAGUUGCAUUUUUUCACUUCUGUUCCUGGUUAUGUCUAAUAAAUGUAUAUAAAUUUCCACUUGACAAUUUUCAUCUACAAUACCCAUCAAGUAUAUAGUUACACACUGUUAGUCAGACAAAUGUUCUGCGAUAAAGCAUCCGGCUCGUAAAUUCGUGUAAAUUAAGUUGUUAUAUGUGUGUUAAAUCAGUACCUUACUGUAUAUAUUACAAUCUGCAAAUCACUAUGUGUUUCGGCACGAAAAUAUUAAGUAUAUAAUAUCUGAUUAAUUUUAUUGUUUUUCACUACUACUGAUAUGAAAAAUGGAUCGCGAUAAAAAUUCUAGGUAAUAGAAAUCUGCAUUAAUUUACUAAGAGUCAAAUCAAUUAAACUUAAAAAAAUUUUACUGUCUAUUUCUUGAUAUUUGCUGUGUUGGUGUAAUGUACUCAGGUGAAUAAGUUGCUUGUGAUCAAUGUGAUGUUACUCUGAGUGCAUAUCCACACCGGACAGGCUUGAAAAAUAUGCCUGGCCACGGUGGGAAUCGAACCUACGACCUUUGGAAUACUAGCCCAAUGCUCUGCCAACUGAGCUACGCGGUCAGGUCGGUUCGAGUAUGUGAUAUUUCGGAACUGUCUAUUUCAUGUUAAAAUGUAGCUCAAUUUUACAAAAACUAUACCAUUUUCGCAUAUAAGGCACCUCAAGUAAUAGUGACCGUGAAGAUCAGAAGAUGGAUAGAAAUUGCAUUUGGGCACAGUAAAAUCUUUUACCAGCUGUUAGUUUCAGCAAAAAAUAAAACUAUUACAUCCGGGGAAAUGAAAGCAUUAGCGAGAUCUAAAGUUCAUCAAUAAUCGCGGGCACGUGACUAUGCUUCAUUGGUGUCAUGGGUGGACCUCUCACUGAUCUCAAAAAUAUGGUUGUUUGUCAGAAGUGGGAUAAGCAAGGUUUAAAUUAUUAUGAGUAUGAAGAUCAGAAGAUGGAUAGAAAUUGAUUCAAAAUAUACAGUUUUAAAUAGAUUGUAUCAUUUAUUCAGACAUGCAUGCGCAUCUUAUUUCGGAAUUACAUUUAACCGGCACAAUAGAUACCAAAUAUAAGUUUAAUUCCAGACCAUUGGGAAAAAUGUGAAAUCCAUGCUAUGAGAUUUGCAAUUGCAUCACUAAACUAAAUCCUUUAUCCAUACUAUUUCGAUACUAUAUGCAUAGUAUAGAAAUAUAACAAUUAUUGUGGAUAAUCAAAAAUCCAUUCUAUUUCCAAUAAAGGUCCAUACAAUUUCCAUUCUAUGGAUUUUCAAAAUGUUUUUCAGUGGACCAGUGGUAUUUCUACAGACAGCUAGUUAACGCCUGCAUGAUGUUAUGCACCGUAUUAUAAAUGUGGACCAAAAUUGCACUCCCAAUAAUUAUAUCCCACAAGCAAGAUUAGUAUCAACAUUUAGUAUCACUAAUUUUACAGCUAUAUCCAUCAGGUUGCAAGGUCCGUCAAGUGCAAAAGGUACUGGCCGCGUAGAAGUAUUGUACAAAGGACAAUGGGGAACAAUCUGCGACAAUAAUUGGGAUAUAAAUGAUGCUAGGGUUAUAUGUCGUCAACUUGGUUAUAAAUAUGGUGUUAGAGCACUCCUGGGAAGCGACGUUCCUGAUGGUACUGGACAAAUAUGGUUAAAUAAAGUCGCUUGUACUGGGAGUGAGCUAAGCUUGAGCAGUUGUUCUCAUGACGGAUUGGAAAGUAAGAGUUGCGGACACAGUAAAGACGCAGGAGUAGAAUGUUCUUCAGCAGGUAAUCAUUAUACUGUUUUCAGACGCGUGCUCGCGUCCCCAUAA